UCAAUUGAGGAAAUGAUAUAUUUGGUAAUGUUUUUAAGAAGCAGUUUUCAAAAACAAUUUGUGUAAAUAAUUUUUAAUUUUAUUUAACCUAUCGCUCGGCAGUUAAGUAUGUAUAAACAUACAAGACACAAAAUCCCAAGAAAAAAAUAAACCAGUUACAAAACAAUGUGAUGAUUGGCAAAACAAGAAGAUGGUACCACUGCUCCAUCUCCCACAAGGACACCUUCCAUUGGAACUCCCUCAUUGCCAAAAAUGCCACUCAAAAUCCCCAAACUGCCCUCACCUUCUUCACCCGCAUGCAAGCCCAUGCAGUCCCUUCCAACAACUUCACCUUCCCCGCUCUCCUCAAAGCCUGCGCCGCCCUCCGCCGCCUCCUCCCCACUCUCCAGGUUCACGCCUACCUCACCCGCCUCGGCCUCGCCGCCGACAGGUUCUCCGCUGCCGCCCUCGUCGAUGCGUACGGUAAAUGUGGACAUGCGUAUUACGCAGCACAAGUGUUCGACGAAAUGCCUGAGGGUUCAGUUGAUGUUGUUUCGUGGACCGCUCUUAUAUCGGCUUACUCGUCCAAUGGUUGCGUCGAUGAAGCUUUUAAGGCCUUCGGGCGGAUGCGGUGGAUGAGGGGUUGGGAUGGUUCAGAGUGUUGUGGGGUUGAUGUGGUGAGCCUUGGAGCUCUUGUGUCGGCUUGUGCGGUUGGUUGUGGUUCGAAUUGCUUGCGUCGUGGCAGCGCAGUUCAUGGGCUGGUGGUGAAGUAUGGGUUUGGUGUGAGUACCCAUUUGGGGAAUUCGAUGGUGCACAUGUAUUCUGCCUGCAAAGAUGUGGGUGGUGCGUGGAGGGUAUUUAAUGGAAUUCCGAUAGAGCAGAGAGAUGUGGUGUCCUGGAAUAGUUUGAUUUCCGGGUUUACAUUGAAUGGGGAGGCGGAGCGGGCACUGAGGACUUUUGAGGAUAUGGUUUCAGAGGGAACCUCGGCAGUUGAACCCAACCGGGUGACUGUUAUUGCCCUCUUGAAGUCUUGUGCCGAGCUUGGUUGUGUCGAGACUUCGAGUUGGGUCCAUGAGUAUAUAAGUUCUCGGCAUUCAUCGUUAUUGGUGGCUAAAGAUGUUGUGGUUUUGACAGCUUUGCUUGACAUGCAUGCUAGGUGUGGGAAUUUGGCAUUGGCUCGGGAAAUAUUUGAUGGGGUUGAGGGGAAAAAUGUGGUAUGUUGGAGUGCCAUGAUUGCAGGUUAUGAGCAGGGCUCAUGUCCUGAAGAGGCUCUCCGCCUGUUUCGUCAAAUGUUAAUGGAAGGAAAUAUGGUGGGUGUUGAAGUUAAGCCAAAUGCUGUCACAUUGGUUUCCGUGAUUGCUGCUUGUUCAAGGCUUGGUGCCUCUAGGUCUGCAAGCAUGAUUCACAAGUAUGCAGUGGCAACAGGUCUAGAUCAAGAUGCUAGAAUUGCUUCUGCUUUAAUAGACAUGUGUGCAAAAUGUGGGGAUAUAGAGCACGGGAGGCAAGUUUUUAGUGAGAUGGAUGAAUCAACCAGAACCGUUGUCUCAUGGAGCUCAAUGAUUGGGGCGGAGGGCAUACAUGGUGAGGGAAAACGUGCCCUUGAGCUCUUCUCAGAAAUGCGAACUGGCGGGUAUGAGCCUAAUGAAAUAACUUACAUUUCUGUGUUAUCUGCUUGUAGCCAUGCUGGUUUGGUUGAACAGGGUAAGUCAUGCUUUAAUAGCAUGGAGAAAGACUAUGGAAUGUCUCCUACUGGAAAACACUAUGCUUGCCUGGUUGAUCUCCUUGGCCGUGCUGGCCAUCUUGAUGAAGCCCACAAUGUCAUCCUCAACAUGCCUAUCAAGGCUGAUCUGGCUUUGUGGGGAUCAUUGCUUGCUGCUUGUCAUCUCCAUGGAAACUGCAAGCUUGGAGAGAUUGUUGAAAAGAAAAUUCUAAGUCUGGACUCAAAUUCUGUGGGGCAUCAUGUUUUGUUGGCAAAUAUGUAUGAAGAUGCAGGAAGAUGGGAUGAUGUAGUGAGGAUGAGAGUGGAGCUGAGAAGAAGUGGGUUAAGGAAGAUACCAGGGCAGAGCUUUAUUGAGAUUGGAAAUGAAGUUUAUAGCUUUAUGGCAGAAGAUAGAUCCCAUCCAGAAUCAGAGAUGAUAUAUAAAGAAUUAGAUGGUCUAGAUGAGAGGGUGAGGAAGGCUGCCAAGUAUGUUACAGAAACCGGUUUGAACGUAGAAGAUGGAGAUAUAGCUGGACUGAUCUUGAGGUGUAAAUAUCACAGUGAAAGAUUAGCCAUAGCUUUUGGGUUGAUAAUGAUAGACAGACAUUCCACAUGUAGCUGCUCUUUAAGAACUGCUACUCCCAUUCGGAUCACAAAGAACCUCAGGGUGUGCAGGGAUUGCCAUGCAUAUACCAAAUUGGUAUCCAAAGUCAUUGAUCGGGAGCUCAUUGUCAGGGAUGCUCAUCGCUUCCAUCACUUCCGAGAUGGGUUCUGUUCAUGUGGAGAUUACUGGUAAUCUGACCAAUACCUAUAUUGGAAAGCUGUAGUUCUAGUGGCAAACUAUCUCUUCCUGGAAAACUUUAAUAGUUCAAGCAGAAUUUUCCAGCGUCAAAUGAUUGAAAACAUUUCUUAUUGGUUUUCCUCAAAGGCAAAUGGAAAUAAUGGGAAAAGUAAAUCGAUUAACAACAAAAAUUCCAGGU